GCAGACUGGUACGCUGGGGGAAGGACGGGGGACAGGGGCAGACACUGCGGGGAGAGGACGGUCACGGUAGUGUUCACACAGGGCCGAGCACCGCAGCAGCGGCCACAGAUUUCGGAAGAGCACAGGUCUGAGCAGGUCCUCUCUCCCCUCCCUUUCCUGGAGCUUCUUCUGGCUGGAAGUGUCCCUCUAAUCUGCAAAAAUUCUGUGCUGUAAGAAAUCCGCGGUCAUGACCGAGGGAGGGGGCCCUGCCGGGGGCAGCUUCUAUGAGGCCGGCAACUACCGUCGCACCGUAAAACGGAUCGAGGACGGAAACCGGCUGUGUAACGACUUGGUCACCUGUUUCAGAGAGCGGGCCAAGAUUGAGAAGAGCUAUGCCCAGCAGCUCACAGACUGGAGUCGCAAGUGGAGGAGCAAUCUGGAGAAGGGUCCGCAGUACGGUACCCUGGAGAAGGCCUGGCAAGCUUUUCUCACAGCAGCAGAUGCCCUCAGCGAGAUUCACACCGAGCUGCGGAAUCAGCUGUGGGACGAGGACAGUGGGAAGGUGCGGGACUGGCAGAAAGAAGGCUAUCACAAGCAGAUGAUUGGAGGCUUUCGAGAGACGAAGGAGGCAGAGGAGGGAUUCAGUAAGGCUCAGAAGCCCUGGUUGAAGAAGCUCAAGGACGUGGAAACCUCAAAAAAGCGAUACCACGUAGCUCGAAAGGAUGAAAAGUCGGCCCAAGUACGAGAGGAUCAUUCAAAGGCCGAUGCCUCUGUGUCGCAAGAGCAAAUCCGUAAGCUGCAGGAACGUGUGGAGAGAUGCAGCCAGGAAGCAGAGAAGGAGAAAUCUGCAUAUGAGAAGGCUCUUGAUGAGCUGAAUCGAUACAACCCCCGCUACAUGGAGGACAUGGAACAGCAGUUCGAGAGCUGCCAGGAGGCUGAGCAGAAGCGCCUGCGCUUCUUCAAGGAAAUGCUGCUGGAUUUUCAUAAGCACCUUGAUCUUUCCAGCAAGGACAGCUUCCAUGCUUUGUACAGAGACCUGCAUCAGGGAAUCCAGACAGCUGACGAUCAACAAGAUCUGAAAUGGUGGAGAAACACCCAUGGACCGGGCAUGGCCAUGAACUGGCCUCAGUUCGAGGAGUGGUCUCCAGAGACACAGAGGCCGAUCAACAAGAAGGAACGCAGUGGUAAAAAUGUAGAGGAGGUGACCCUCACUGGCAUCGUGCCAGCCAAGGAUGGGGUUUCAGGAGGGACCCCCACCCAACAGCUGAACCGAGGGUUUUCCUACGCAGACGAAGACCAGGAUUUCUAUGCCACCUUAACGGAUAUCCCACGUUCAGACACUGUGAAGGAUGAUGGCUCGGAGUGGUCAGAAGACGACAGUCCUAAAAAGUCACUGGACAGUAAUGGCCGGGAGGUAUCACAGGUAGAGGGCGUGCGUGUGCGAGCUCUUUAUGAUUACACUGGACAGGAGGCUGACGAGCUGAGCUUUUCAGCAGGAGAAGAGCUCAUAAAACUGGGUCCUGAAGACGAACAGGGCUGGUGUCGGGGACGUCUCCGCUCUGGGAAAAUUGGACUUUAUCCCGCAAACUACGUGGAAGACGCGGAGUCCUGAGUGUGAACCAAACCUUGAGCGUCCUCCGAGCCGUGUGCGUGUGCGCCCCAGAUCCUCCUAAGGACAAGGGGGGGCCAACCCAUGAACAUUGGAUACUUCUAGUGAAUCCAUUGCUGCUUUUACCAUAUUAUUUUAGACAUGCAGUUACAUAUAUAUAUAUUUUUUCUUAAUAAAAAUUACCCAGAAAAUAUUAUGCCUGGCUGCGCUCCUGCAGCGUUGUGAACCGAGGAUGUGCGUUGUAAAGUUUCAUUGUGAAGAGUGCAGGUGAGCUAGCUUGAGUCACCCAAAUGUAUAUAUCAAGAGUCAAAAACACACAAAGUGCUUCCUCUAAACCAAACCCACUACGGUAUGGGGUCGGUAUGUUGUCUCUGUCGCCCUCGGGAUCAGCAGGCCAGGCCAGGCCUUGCUUCCUCAGUUAAAAGACGGGACAGCCUUAAUUGGUCUAUUUAUUUAUUUUUUUCCUGCCCACAUUUGCACAGAACAAAUACUAGUCACCCUCUUAGGGUGGAUGAAGGUGUUUUUUUUCCAAAAAUGAUGUUAACACUUUGAUGUCCAAGGGUCGGAAUUGUGUAGCAGCUGGUCUCCGGGCCCCUUGUAGGUACCCAGGUGACAUGUAUGCUUCCCUAUUAGCAGGGUAUGUUUUUAGGAUUUUUCCUGCUGGACACCAAUGUUGGGAUGUUUGAUACUUUUGUAAUUUUCAGGUUUGAGGGUUUAGUUGAGUUGUUGCCAGAGGUGGAGAUCACUCCCUAUAUUUUAGAACCCCCCCCCUCCCCCCGCUACAAUAUUUCAUCUUUUAAAGUCUCUCUCGAAUUUCGUGAGGCCGACGGGUUCAGCAUGAGACUUGUGAAGCACUAUGGACAGAGAAGAGUUCAAAAAUGUUGUGCCAUCUCAUCAUGCAAGUGACCUUAUUGUGAACAAUGUAUUUUCUAUUUAAAUGAUAAUAAAAUCCACAUCGUUUUUA